GGAGUCCUGAGGAGCAGGACUCUCAUUGAGUUCUGGAACUCACCACUUCCGCCCACGUGGAAAGCUGCGCCGUGUAGAACGAACCUGAAUCCGAAGAGCGGGAGCGGGACCUGGAGUGAUGGGUCCGGCACCUCCCGGAGCGGCUGGGGACCCGGAGGUGAUGGAGCCAACUCUGGAAGGCACAGGGGAGGAAGGGAAGAAAGUGUCCUCAAAGAAACGCACAUUGGCUGGGUCUCCAGUGGAGGGCCUCUUGCAGCCAGUGAAGCUCAGCCGGGCAGAACUGUACAAGGAGCCCACCAAUGAGGAGCUGAAUCGCCUUCGGGAGACCGAGAGCCUGUUCCAUUCCAGCCUGCUUCGUUUACAAUUAGAGGAGCUACUAAAGGAAGUGAGGCUGUCAGAGAAGAAGAAGAAGCGCAUUGAUGCCUUCCUAAGAGAGAUCAACCAGCGGAUCCUGAAGGUGCCCUCAAUUCCUGAGAUAGAGCUGAUAGACCAGACGUGGCUCCCAGCUGGGGUUCGAGUCCCCCUCCACCAAGUGCCUUUUACUGUGAAAGGCCGCUUUCGCUUCCUGCCUCCAGUCCAGGUCAUGGUUGUGGGCAGCUACCUUCUGGGCACCUGCAUCCGACCAGACAUCAAUGUGGAUGUGGCACUGACCAUGCCCAGGGAGAUCCUACAGGACAAGGAUGGGCUGAACCAGCGCUACUUCCGCAAACGCGCCCUCUACCUGGCCCACUUGGCUCACCACCUGGCUCAGGACCCCCUCUUUGGCAGUGUUCGCUUCUCCUACAGCGGUGGCUGCCACUUGAAACCCUCAUUGCUGCUGCGGCCACAGGGGAAAGAUGAGCACCUGGUCACUGUGCGUCUGCAUCCAUGCCCCCCGCCUGACUUCUUCCGUCCGUGCCGCCUGCUGCCGACCAAGAACAAUGUGCGCUCUGCCUGGUACCGAGGGCAGAGUCCUCCAGGAGAUGGGAGCUCAGAGCCCCCCACGCCUCACUACAAUACGUGGGUCCUACAGGACACAGCCCUGGAGUCCCAUGUACAGCUGCUGUCAGCUGUACUGGGCUUGUCUCCAGGACUGAAGGAUGGUGUGGCUCUUCUGAAGGUCUGGCUGCGGCAGCGUGAGCUGGACAAGGGCCUCGGGGGGUUCAGUGGGUUCCUGAUCUCCAUGCUGGUUACAUUCCUUGUGUCCACACGCAAGAUCCAUACCACCAUGAGCGGCUACCAGGUCCUAAGAAGCGUCUUGCAGUUUCUGGCUACCACAGAUCUGACAGUCAAUGGGAUCAGUUUAUGUCUCAGCUCAGAUCCUUCUUUGCCCGCCCUGGCUGACUUCCACCAGGCCUUCCCUGUUGUCUUCCUGGACUCCUCAGGCUAUCUCAACCUCUGUGCUGAUGUCACUGCCUCCACUUACCACCAGGUGCAACAUGAGGCACGGCUGUCCAUGGCGUUGCUGGACAGCAAAGCUGAUGACGGGUUCCAGCUCCUGUUGAUGACUCCCAAACCCAUGAUCCGGGCUUUUGACCACAUCUUGCAUCUCCGCCCACUGAGUCGUCUGCAGGCAGCAUGUCACCGGCUGAAGCUGUGGCCCGAGCUGCAAGACCAUGGUGGGGACUAUGUUACAGCUGCUUUGGGCCCACUAACUACCCUCCUGGAGCAGGGCCUGGGGUCCCGGCUGCACCUGCUGGCCCACUCUCGGCCUCCUGUCCCAGAGUGGGAUAUCAGUCAGGAUCCACCGAAGCACAGAGACACCGGGGCCCUGACCCUGGGAUUGCUCCUCCGGCCUGAGGGGCUGACCAGUGUCCUCGAGAUGGGUCCAGAGGCCGACCAGCCUGAGGCUGCUGAUUUCCGCCAGUUCUGGGGAUCCCGCUCGGAGCUCCGGCGUUUCCAAGAUGGAACCAUUCGGGAAGCUGUGGUCUGGGAGGCAGCCUCUAUGGCCCAGAAGCGCCUUAUUCCCCAGCAGGUGGUCACCCACCUCCUGGCACUCCAUGCAGACAUCCCAGAUACCUGUGUCCACUAUGUGGGGGGCUUCCUGGAUGCACUUAUCCAAGGCCUGAAGGAGACCUCCAGCACAGGUGAGGAGGCCCUGGCAGCUGCAGUGCGUUGCUACGACGACCUCAGCCGCCUGCUGUGGGGGCUGGAGGGCCUCCCGCUGACAGUGUCCGCUGUUCAGGGAAUUCACCCGGUGCUACGCUACACAGAGGUGUUCCCCCCAACCCCCGUCUGGCCAGCCUACUCCUUCUAUCAGCGUCUGCGAGAGCGAGCCUCGCUGGUGCCCCGGCCUGACAAGCCCUGCCCAGCCUAUGUGGAGCCCAUGACUGUGGUAUGUCACCUGGAGGGCAGUGGUCAGUGGCCGCAGGAUGCUGAGGCUGUGCGGCGGGUCCGAGCUGCCUUCCAGCUGCGUCUGGCAGAGAUACUGAUGCAACAGCAUGGGCUGCAGUGCCGUACCACGGCCACACACACUGACGUCCUCAAGGAUGGAUUCGUGUUCCGGGUGCGUGUGGCCUAUCAGCGGGAGCCCCAGAUCCUGAGGGAGAUGCGGAGCCCCGAGGGGAUGAUCUCACUGAGGGACACGCCUGCCUCCCUCCGCCUUGAGAGGGACACGAAGCAGCUGCCCCUACUUACCAGCGCCUUGCAUGGACUCCAACAGCAGCACCCAGCCUUCUCAGGUGUGGCUCGGCUGGCCAAGCGGUGGGUGCGCGCCCAGCUUCUAGGUGAGGGGUUCUCCAACGAAAGCCUGGACCUGGUGGCCGCUGCCCUUUUCCUACAGCCUGAACCCUUCUUCCCACCCAGCUCCCCCCAGGUUGGCUUCCUUCGGUUCCUCUAUCUGGUUUCAACCUUUGAUUGGAAGAACAGCCCCCUCAUUGUCAACCUCAACAGUGAGCUCACUGUGGAGGAGCAGGUAGAGAUCCACAGUAGCUUCCUGGCAGCUCGGGCACAACUCCCUGUCAUGGUCAUCAUCACCCCCCAGGACCGCAAGAGCUCUCUGUGGACACAGGAUGGACCUUCAGCCCAGAUUCUACAGCAGCUCAUGGUCCUGGCAGCUGAGGCCCUGCCCAUCCUAGAGAAGCAGCUGAUGGAUCCCUGGGGGCCUGGGGACAUCAGGACCGUGUUCCGGCCACCCUUGGACAUAUACGAUGUGCUAAUCCACCUGUCUCCCCGCCACAUCCCCCGGCACCGUCAGGCUGUGGACUCGCCAGCUGCUUCCUUCUGCCGUGGCCUGUUCAGUGAGCCCCGGCCCUCACUCUUAAUGCCUGUGCUGGGCUAUGACCCCCCUCAGUUCUAUCUGGCACAGCUCAGGGAGGCCUUUGGGGAUCUGGCCCUCUUCUUCUAUGACCAGCAUGGUGGACAGGUGAUUGGUGUCCUCUGGAAGCCCACCAGCUUCCAGCCCCAGCCCUUCAAGGCCUCCAGCACAAAGGGGCGCAUGGUGGUAUCUCAAGGUGGGGAGCUGGUAAUGGUGCCCAAUGUGGAAGCAAUCCUGGAGGACUUUGCCAUUCUGGGCGAAGGCCUGGUGCAGAACGUGGAGGCCCGAAGUGAGAGGUGGGCUGUGUAAAUCCCAGUGCCAGGUGCAAGCUGUGGAUGGAUAGCAGGACUUCAGACCUUGGGAGCAAGAUGUCAAUGGGGUGACCUUCACCCUCAUUGCAUGUGGACCCUCCAUGGAGGGCCUCCUGGCCUAAACACACAGAAUCGUCCCCCACAAAAGCCUUGCUCCAGCUUUCUGUCUGAUUCCUCAAGGGUCUCCCCCAGCACUGAGGCAGUGGCCGUGGUGUCUGUGAAGUCCCUUGGGCCCAGCAGUCUGAAGCUCCAGUAGAGGAGUGGGAGCCAUCUCAGAGAACAGGAUCCAGGAGAUCUAGCCACCUGCAGCUCUGGGCCUGGACCAUUUUCUUCUCCUAGGCUGCUGCUUUUUUCUGGGUUAGGCUGCUUCCAGAAGCCCUGGGCCCGGGGCUGAGACAGCUCUCUUCCCACUGCCAGAUGUGUGCUUAGACCUCAAAGUGCCCUUUACUGCAGCAUCAGGCCUUUAGAUGGGGCCCGGAGAAGAGGUGGCACUUCCUGAGGGUCACAGAGCACCUGCAGUGAGCAGUGGAAAGAGGGCAGUGUGUGUAUCAAUGGACCAUACCGAAGGGGCACAAUGUCCUGUGUGGGUGCUGCUGCUUGGCUUCCCAGAGUGGGGAUGGCAGAAAAGAACAGAGGACAGGAAGGGGAUGGUUAGAUGAGGGGAACUGGUGCUCUUGGCCACUUGGGUUCCCUAGUCCAGGAGAGAGAUGCACAAAGCAGUGGACACUGCCAUGACCUCUCAGCAUCAUAGUCCCUGCACCUCUGUGUGUCUGCCCCUGACUGCCUGCCCUUUGCCGUCACACUUCCCAGCUGCCAUGGGCUGCAGAGGUGACUGAGACCUUCCUGCUCUCAGGAGUUCCCAGUGCCUGGGAGGGGGCUGCCUCCUAUCAGCCUGGUCCACACCCCACUUCUGGCAGGCUCUCCCUGCUCCUCUGCCUCCCUUAAUCCUGGCUGUUUUUCCAGACUCAGCUCAAACAGUGCCUCCUUCAACCCUUCCCUCGCCCCCAGCCUGAAGUGAUCUUCCCUCCUGUGAGCUAUUAGAGCAAUUACUGUCUGUUCAGUUCACUUUGCAGUUACGGACAGUGCGAACUCUUCUAUUGUCUUGAGCAUUGAUUUAUAAUUAAAUUGCUUCAUUUUCUCCAA